AUGUACGUGGUACGGGUGAAGGAUGUAUUGGCUCAGGUGAGGGAUGUACGUGGUACGGGUGAAGGAUGUAUUGGCUCAGGGGUGUACCUGGUGCAGGUGGCAGGAGCACAGGGUGGUGGCACUGGUCACAGCCCAGCUGCGUCCCCAGUGUCCCCUCCGUCCCUCCCGCAGGUGCUGCCGCUGCUCCGCGCCCUGGGUGCCACCGGGCUGCUGCUGGAAUAUGAGGACACCUUCCCGUACACGGGGCCGCUGGAGCUGCUGCAGGCCCCCCACGCCUACAGCCCCGCGGAGCUCCGGGCGCUGCUGAGCCGGGCGCGGGCACUCGGGCUGGACGUGGUGCCGCUGGUGCAGAGCUUCGGGCACAUGGAGUUUGUGCUGAAGCACAGGGAGUUUGCCCACCUGCGGGAGGUGAAGGAGCUGCCCAACGCCCUGAACCCGCACAAGGAGGAGUCACUGGCACUGGUCAAAGCCAUGAUUGACCAAGUCAUGGCCCUGCACGAGGACUUACAGUGGUUUCACAUUGGAUGUGAUGAGGUCUACUACCUUGGUGAAGGAGAGGAGUCAAAGCAGUGGCUGCAGCAGCAAGACAACACUCCAGAGAAGCUGUGCUUAUCCCACAUAAAAGCAGUUGCCACUUGUUUGGCCUCGUCCUACCCCAUGGUGACACCCAUUGUGUGGGAUGACAUGCUCAGAGGCAUGAGUGAGGAAACACUGGCAGAGUCCGGGGUCCCACAGCUGGUGCAGCCAAUGAUCUGGGACUAUGCAGCAGACAUCGACGUGGAGGGCAAAGUGCAGCUCCUAGAGAAGUACCGCAGGUGUGGCUUCUCCAAGGUGUGGUUUGCAAGUGCCUUCAAGGGAGCCACGGGAGUGAACCAGUCUCUGACACUGAUUGGGCACCACCUCAGGAACCAGCUGGAGUGGCUGCAGGUGGCCAGCAGGAGCCCCGGGGGUGCCCUCGAAGGUAUCGCUCUGACCGGCUGGCAGAGGUAUGAUCAUUUCUCUGUUUUGUGUGAGCUUCUCCCUGUGGCAAUUCCAUCACUGGCCGUGUGUCUGCAGACACUAAAGAAUGGUGGCUAUUCUGAAAAGGUUAAAGAAAAUGUGGAAAAUCUCCUGGGAAUGUCUAACCUGGAAGUUGAUACUUUCAUGAGCACAAGUCUGGGGACCUUUCCUGGGAGCCAUAUCCUCACACUUGUGACAGAAGUUAGUUUCUACCUCAAGUCAUCAGUGGAUGAACUUCUUGAAAGGAACAGGUAUGUCACAGGCUGGUUCAGCCCCUACCACAGGAAAAGGAAGAUUAUUCAUCCUAUCAUAAUCCACCACUUCCAGCCAGAUGCAGUCAGUCUCCUCUGCAAGUGGAAUGCUGUGCUGCACGACCUCCAAGCAGCCAUGGAGCAAGUAUUCCACAGGUGUGCCGUAGAGGAAUGGAUGGAGGAGAAUGUCUACCCCAGCCUACAGAAGCUGCAGCAAGUGGUGGAUGAUUUAGAUGAAGCAAUAGAAGCACAAAAUUAGGGGCAUUUCAAUUAGUUUGACUCAUUCCCUGGUUAAACAUGGCUAGUGAAAAUCAGCAACUAGCCCUCGAGCUGGAGUUUGUCAUCUUGAGAAUUGAAGCAUGAACUGUGGUUAAACCAAAGUGACCUGAAGGCAUGAAGGAAUUUAUUAGCAUAAAACACUUCAACUCAAUUUUCCUGUCUUAACACAUGCUGAGCCUUAAUUCACCUGCCUGUAAGUCAGGUUUGCUCCCCUUGCAUAACAGAAUGCAGGAGUGAGUCACAGCUCACUCUCCUCCAGGGCAGGAGAAAAAACCCAGUUUCUUCCAAAUUCAGAAUUUGUAGUAACAGACUCUUAUGUACCAAUGACCUGGGAAAGUUCUACCCUAAUAUUUAGGAUACUCUUAAAAUGUUUGGGUCAUUGUGUUCUGUACUGUAACUCUUUGCCCUGUCAGCUGUGCUCUGAGUUGUGUCCUCCAGUUCCAUCACAGGCAAGGGGGAGCUCCUGAGGCAGUGGCACCUGGGCUUGGAGGGAAACAUGCUGGUUUAUUCUGCUUUAAUGUCAAACUUGUCAUAAUAUAUAGAAAUAUAUUUUGGGGACUUUAGUGGAGAAUUGAG